GACAAAAAAGAGCUAAUCCACUAAUCUCCCUCCAUGAGAAUCAAAUCAACCAAUAAGGAGUAAGGACGAGAUGAGGUUUAAAUUAAAAUUUUGGAAUUUCUCAAUUUAAUCAAAACCACAGCUCCGCCAUAGAAACUGCCCAAAAAAUCUCUUCCCCAAAUCCCCCCGCCGCCGCCCAUUUCCUUCUCCAAUGGCGGCAACUGCUUCAUUCCUCCAGUGGAACCCACUCAAAUGGAAGCAAUUCCCUCCCUCGCUGCCGUCUCCUGCAAUUCGCUCGUCCUCCCGCUCUUUCCCUCUCAGAACCGCUGCGAAACCUGCUCUGAGGCUCACCGUCAGGUGUUCCUUCGUGGCGAAGCAUCUGAACCCCUCGAACGACAUUAAUGCCCCCACUACCUCGGGUUCGAGCUUCGCGGUUGGCGAGACCAAGGAGCAGAAGAAGAACGCGUUCGAGAGACUCUACGACGCAGCCGUCAAGGCUCUGCAGGCGACGAAGAAGCCGGCGAUCGCCGCGAUUCUGGUCGCCGCGCUGCUGAUGUACGACCCCGCCUCCGCAUUCGCUGCCUCGGGUGGGAGGAUAGGCGGUGGGUCCUUCUCCCGCUCCUCUUCCUCGUCGUCGAGGAGUUACUCCGUGCCUCGCGGCUCGCGCUCGGGUUCCUCCUACUCCGCGCCUUACUACGGCCCUUCCCCGUUCGGCGGUGGAGGAAUUUAUGUUGGGCCGGCAGUCGGGGUUGGAGUUGGUGCUGGCUCUGGUUUGUUCUUAAUACUGGCUGGUUUCGCUGCCUUUGUAUUGGUCUCCGGGUUUCUAUCCGAUCGAGACGAAGGGGGAAUUCUGGCAGCUACGGAGAAAACCAGCGUGCUCAAGCUUCAGGUUGGUUUGUUAGGAAUGGCACGCUCGCUUCAGAAGGAUCUUAAUAAGAUUGCAGAAGUUGCAGAUACAUCUUCCUCGCAGGGUCUAAGCUAUGUAUUAACAGAGACUUCACUUUCAUUGCUACGCCAUCCUGAUUAUUGCAUCUCAGCCUAUUCAGCUGUAGAUGUGAAGCGAAGCAUGGAGGAUGGUGAGAAACGGUUCAACCAACUUUCUAUUGAAGAACGGGGAAAGUUCGAUGAAGAGACGCUUGUUAAUGUGAACAGCAUCAAGAGGCAGAGCACCAAAAGCCAGAGAGCAAGCGGCUUUAGCAAUGAAUACAUAGUGAUAACAAUCUUGGUAGCAGCCGAGGGGGUGCACAAGUUACCUGCCAUUAACAGCGUCGGAGAUCUGAAGGAAGCUCUGCAGAAGCUCGGCGCAAUUCCGUCUCGCAGUAUACUCGCAGCUGAGGUACUGUGGACGCCUCAAAAUGAGAACGAUGCACUAUCAGAACGAGAACUACUCCAAGAUUACUCGCUUCUGAGGCCAUUGUGAGAGAGCUCUAAAUUACAUAUAAACGCACAAAGCUUUAGUUGUCUUUGACCUCCUAUUGCAGGUGCAGGUUUUUCUGGCGAAAGGCUAUACUGCAUUGUACUGAGACUUGUAAAUAAGGGUGUACUAUUGUCUGUACAUACAUGAUAUGAUACGAAUUUAUUUUUCUAUGGAUAUAUAGUUUUUUACUUUUAUCUUCUAGUUGCAAUUUAUUCUGCAUCUGUUGGUAAUUAUUAGGGGCGGAGCCAGGAUUUAACGAUCGGG